CAUUUACCUCUGCUCUCUGAUCCACCAUGAAGCUGUAUGUGAUUGUUCCUCUGUGUGCUCUGUUCACCCUCACCCAACAGGCACCGUCACGUGAUAAGUGUGCAUGUGAGUUGACUAAUUCAGAGAAGGCAUUCCCUCAUGACAAACUCAGCACAGUGGAGAACGAUGCAUCAAAAUGCAACAGCAACAUCACCCCACAGAAGACUCUGGAGCUGGAGAGUCUGCUGUUGGGUUUGGAGCGACGUUUGCCCCGGCUGCAGGAAGAUGUGUCGAUGCUGGAGAGGGAGGAUGACGGACAGCUCUAUGCAGUUCUCAGCCUGUAUGUGUUAGAGAAUGAAAUGGUUGAGAUCAAGCAGCUUCUCGACAGGCUCAACGGCACCACCCUGGGACACCAGCGUCUAACUGCUGACACCACUAAACAGCUGAAAGACCUGAGAGCAGAGAUGCAGCAGCUGGAGACGUACGACACCCUGCAGGUGGUGAAGAGACAACAAGACAACAAGCAGCUGAAGAGAGACCUGGACCAGUGCAGGAAUCGACUUUACCCCAUCGCCCAACCCACUCCUCCACAACGUAACUGUCCCCAUGGUGAAUUUAGAAACAUUACCAGGGUGAGGAUGCACACACAAGGAGAGUACCCUGAUUCCUACAAGUAUGGAGCCUGGGGUCAGGAUCCCAAACCAGAGGCGGGGAAGGAGAACUGGUAUUGGCUGGUAAUGCUGACUUCCAGCAACAUAUACGCCAACUACGUCCGUCGCUACUCCAGCCUGAGCUCUCUCAUUGUUGGGGUGAGCACCCCAGGUAAUGUUGAGAUCCACUCCUCUAACCCAACCACCAACACCAUCCAGGGUCCCAAUGUUGUGCUGUAUGGAGAGGCCCUAUACUACAACUGUUACAACCAAGAUUCUGUUUGUCGAUUCAACCUCACCACCAAAGCUGUUACCACCUUACAGCUACCCAAAGGCACUAGGUAUAAUUCAAAGGGUAACUUCUGCCAUCUUGAUGAAUGCUACCCAUACACCGAUCUGGACCUGGCGACAGAUGAGUCAGGCGUCUGGGUGAUCUAUACCAGCAAACAGGACUUUGGCAACCUGGUGCUGUCCAAGGUAGAGGAAGGUGAACCGCUGACACUCGGCCAAACCUGGCGCACCUCGGUCUACAAGCAGGGGGUUACCAACACAUUCAUGGCCUGUGGUGUGCUCUAUGCGACACGGUACGUCAACAAAGAAGUGGAGGAGAUCUUCUAUUCGUUUGACACCACAACAGGGGUAGAAAGGUUCGACAUUGGUGUGUUCAUCAACAAGAUGUCUCCCAACAUUAAUUCCCUGAACUACAGCCCUGUGGACCAAAUGCUUCAUGCCUACUGUGACUCCCACAUGGUUUCUUAUAAGGUUCUGUUUUCAUAAGUAGAUAAUGCUGACAACAUUUUCCACCAAAGCCUGUCUACUCAGUACUAAAUUUAGUCACUUCUACUUUGCUGUUCUUUAAGUGUUAAGGUACUAUCAAUCACACUUCCUGGAGAUGUUUCACUUUAAAAGCCUUAUUAUUAUAGGAAGAAUUUUUUUGAUGCAAGAAAGAUAGCUGCAAAUGCUUGGCAGAUAAAGUUUGGUGUAAAAAGGUGCAAUGUGUUUCAAUUUUAAUGUCACUAUAUUCACCACUUUGACUAAAAUAAAGUGUGGUCAGAAGACUA